AUGGCUGAAUUCGGAGAUAACAAGAGCGCCGCCGUCGGUCCACCGGUUGCUGGCUGGAAAGCUGCGUCGAGAGCAGCCGGAGUGAGCCCGGAGACGCGCCGAGGGGAGCGGGUGUCAAACGGGAACUGCGGCGUGUCAGACUCCGUGAAGAGGGUCCGGAACGAAUCCAGCUGCGCGUCCCCGACGUGGGAGAGCGCGGGAUCAGAUUCAGCCUCUCAAGCGAUCCCUCGACGCAGCAGUCUCAAGGAUGGGUCACGUGCUGGUCGGGAUAGGAAGAAGACGGUGUCCUUCAGCAGCAGCCUCUCAGAAAAGAAGAUCAGCAGCGCUGCAGACUGUAUCCACUCCAUGGUUGAGGGGAUUGAGCUGAAGAAAGUCCGAACCAACUCCCGUGUUUACCUGCGUUACUACCUGCUGGACGCGGGCCUCCAGGCUCUGUGCUGGGAGCCAUCCAAAAAGGAGUCCGACAAAGCCCGCAUCUCUCUGGCCUCCAUCAGGGAGGUACGGACCGGUCGUAACACAGGAACUUUCCGCACCAGCGGAGUUUACGAGCAGAUUUCCGAGGACUGUGCGUUCUCCAUCAUCUAUGGAGAGAUGUAUGAAAGCUUGGACCUGGUGGCCAACUCUGCUGAAGUGGCUAACAUUUGGGUGACGGGCCUGAGGUAUCUGAUGCAGUAUGGGAAACAUGCCCUGGACAUGCUCUCCAGCAGUCAGGACAGCCUUCGUCUGGGUUGGCUGGAGCAGUUGUUCUCCUCGGCGGCUGAUUCGUACGGACAGGAAGACGUGGAGGAAGGGAUCCGCUUGCAGUUGGCCGUGAGGCUGAUACAGAGCGUGAACCCCGGGGUCGGCUCCCGCAAAGUUGAGCACAGGUUCAAAGAGCUUCAGAGAGUCCGGGAGAGGAUGUGUGGCCUCGCUCUCGAUAACGAAUCUGGCGUUGAAGAUCACGUGGAAAACAAAAGACCGAUCGGAAGAAAUGAGCGAGUCACCAUGCAGGAGUUCAUCGAGGUCUUCCACGACUUUUGCACACGUCCGGAGAUCUACUUUCUGUUGGUGCAGUUCUCGAGCAACAAGGAGUUCCUGGACACCAAAGACCUGAUGAGGUUCCUCGAGGCUGAGCAAGGCAUGACUCAAGUGAGUGAGGAGACCAGCUUGAAGCUCAUCCAGUCCCACGAGCGAUCCGAAGAGGGCCGGCAGGAGGGAUACCUGUCCCUGGAUGGCUUCACCAGCUACCUCACCUCGGCAGAGUGCCACCUGUUCGACAGGGAGCAUGACGCCGUGUGCCAGGACAUGUCCCAGCCUUUGUCUCACUACUACAUCAGCUCCUCCCACAACACCUACCUCAUCGAGGACCAGUUUCGAGGUCUGUCCGACAUCUCCGGCUACAUCCGCGCGCUGAAGAUGGGUUGCCGAUGUGUGGAGGUGGACGUUUGGGACGGCCCCGAUGGGGAUCCGGUGGUGUGUACGGGACACACUCUCUCGCCACCGCUGGCCCUGCGUUGCGUGUUAGAAGCGAUUGGAAAAUUUGCGUUUGUGGCCUCGCAGUACCCGUUAAUUAUAUGUCUUGAGAACCACUGUUCACUUCAACAGCAGAAAGUGAUGUGGCAGCAUCUCAUGAGGAUACUAGGGGAGAAGUUAUACACAGAAGCUCCACUCGAAGGGGAGUCGUACUUACCGUCGCCACAUGCUCUCAGGCAACGGAUUCUACUCAAGGGUAAAAGGUUGGGCCCAGAUCCUGAUGCCGAGGACGGGGAGGUAAGUGAGGAGGAUGAAGGGGCAGAGAUGUGUCAAAAGUUGAAAGCGGUUGGCAGUGGAGUGGCAGCACCUGGAGGAAAUGAGAAGGACAUGGUGCAGAAAAGUGUCUCUUUCACGGCGGUCACUCAGUCGAUUCCUCUCCCCAAACGAUUCCAACUCUUGAAGGAGCUCUCUGCCCUCGUCACUCUUUGCCGCUCAGUCCGCUUCGUUGACUUCCCCACAUCAUCCGAAGGCCGAAACCCUUGGGAACUGUGUUCCUUCCAUGAGUCUCUGGCCGUGCGUCUCGCUGGCGAGAGCCCUGGAGAAUUUGUCAACCACAACAAGCAUUUCCUGUCCCGGGUGUACCCCAACCCCAUGCGUAUUGACUCGAGCAACAUGAACCCUCAGGACCUGUGGAAGUGCGGUUGCCAGAUAGUUUCUAUGAAUUUUCAGACGGCAGGACUGAUGAUGGACCUGAACACAGCCUGGUUCCGGCAGAACGGGAACUGUGGUUACGUUCUGCGGCCCGCCAUCAUGCGCCAGGAGGUGUCUUAUUUCAGCGCAGACACCCGAGACACGGUGCCCGGUGUGUCUCCACAGCUGCUCCAUGUGAAGGUGAUAAGCGGCCAGAACUUGCCCAAGCCGCGUGGUGCGGGGGCCAAAGGAGACGUCGUGGACCCCUACGUGUGCGUGGAGAUCCACGGUAUCCCCGCCGACUGCACGGAGCGCCGCACCAGGACGGUGACCCAGAACGGGGACAACCCCGUCUUUGAUGAGAGCUUUGAGUUCCAGAUCAACCUGCCGGAGCUCGCCAUGGUCCGCUUUGUGGUGCUGGAUGACGAUUUCAUCGGGGAUGAGUUCAUAGGCCAGUACACCAUUCCUCUGGAGUGUCUUCAACCGGGCUACCGACAUAUACCGCUCCAGUCUCUGACCGGGGAGGAACUUCCCCACGCCCAGCUCUUUGUCCAUGUGGCCCUCACCAAUCGGAGGGGGGGGGGGAAGCCUCACAAAAGGGGACUGUCUGUGCGGAAGGCCCGCAAGAGAAGGGACUACACAGCUCUGAGGGACUUGGGGGUCCGGGCUGUCGAUGAGGUUUUCAAGAUGGCUGCUCCUCCGCUGAGAGAAGCGACGGACCUGAGGGAAAAUAUGCAGAACUCAGCAGCAGUGUUCAGGGAGCUGUGUGGCGUAUCCGCCGUGGCUAACCUCAUGCAGUGCGUCCUAGCUCUGGGCUCCAGGGUGUCAGGACCAGACGGGGCACCUUUACUACUGUUCAACCUGCUUGACCACUACCCCACACUGGAGCCUCAGGGGCCCCUACCGGAUGUCCUUCGUCGGGUUGUCUCCACCUAUGAAAUGAUGGUCCAAGCGAGCAGAGCAGUGAUGGAGCUCUCCGAUGGAAUCUACGGCCGGAUCCUCCAGAUACAGUCCGCGGCCAUGGAGUUUCAUGAGAAGCUGCAGAGCCUGGCGGCAAAGGAGGGGCUGAGGGGUCGCAAGGUCAAUCGGGCGCUGGAGAGUUUCAGCUGGAACAUCACCAUCCUUAAGGGUCAGGCUGACCUGCUGCAGCACGCCAAAGCUGAAGUCCAGGAGAACAUGAAGCAGGUCCACGAUGCUGCUUUGACUGGGAACCUCACCAAGGAGAGUGUAGGAGUGAGAAGGGUCCGCUCACAAACCCGACGGAGCCAGGAGGACUAGCGAGUGCAAGAGGACCCUCGACACAGCUGAUGAAAGAGGACACGAGCAGAUUGCCCUCGUAACAAAACCCUGUUCAUGUCAUUAUAAUGUUCCAGUGUCAGACUUUUUAAAAUGCUGAGAGCUAUA